CAAGAGAUAGAGCGGCAAUUUAAGUUCUAUUGAUCUGUAACCACAUUUUUUAUUGGUUAGGUUGUGUUUUCGGGUUUGAACAACAAUUGGGAGGUUCGUUGUUGAGGAAUUACGAUGAAGGAGGCUAAGGAAAUCGACAUUUACAGGGAUACGAGCCUGAGGUAUUUGGGAUACACUAAUGAAGUUGGUGAAGCGUUUAGAAGUCUCAUCCCGAAAUCUAUCGUAUGGCUGAGUUACGCGAUUGCGAGUGGUUACGUUCUGGCUGAUACGAUACAUAAAGGAUCCAGAGAGUAUUCGAAAGAAACUGGGGAAGGAAAGAAUAAACGAGUAUUACUAUCAGCAACAGACACUCUCAUCUGGCAAAGUUUUGCUUCUGUGAUAAUUCCAGGUCUCGUGAUAAACCGAAUUUGUGCUGGUGUUCGAUUUUUGCAAAAACCUGCCACGAGUGCUGUAAUGAGGAGCCCUUGGGUCACUACUGCAGUUGGACUUGCUUCAAUUCCAUUAAUUAUUAGACCAAUCGAUCGAGGCGUUGAGGAUGCAAUGGACGUGACCUUCAGACAGUGGAUUGGAUACCAUCCUCAUGAAAAUAGAGAGGAUUGACGAUUGUAGAUUGAAUUAGGAUGUUAUUGUUCAAGACAUGAAAGUUAUUAGCAAAUAGCACAAAUUAUUUUAUAAGGGCCAUUCAAAUAUUACGUCACCCAUUGCUUCAACAUUUUAGACCUCCUUGCCCCCCCCCCCCCCCCCCCCNCCCCCCCCC